CUACGGCCAUUUGUUCCCUUCUCGUCCUUCCCUUUCACAAACUCCCUCGUCCUACCAGACUUGGGCUGUCAGCUGACGUCUCUGACCCAAAGACGUCCAAAUUCUCUUUCCACUGACGCCAAUUCCGUUUCUGCAUUGACUGCACUUUUUGACGCUUCUUUCCACCGGCCCACCCCUUUUGGAAGUACCCUUCGUGCCGGCUUCGAGAUAUCUUCCAAAAGACGGGAAAGAAUAACGAAAACUCAAACAAAUAAACACAUACGACUUAGUGUCUGAUCGACUGCCUCGACCAAUCUUCUUGUAGGCGAUUCACUCUCGAUAACGCGCAAACGUGCCACGUUCUCUUUUGACUCCCGGUAAACUUGCUGUGCAACUUGGGGGAUAUUGGAAGUAGGACAGCCAAUCACGACGACAGGUCAACAAAACCACACACUCUCUCUUUACCUUCUGGUCUGAGCCUCUCACAUCUUCGAACUAAACCUUCGCCAUGGCCGCUGGAGGCGCGAAGCAGUCUCCCGAGGAGCAACAGGCGGCUAUCGAUGCCGCCAACGAGAACGUCUCCCUCUCCAAUUAUCUGUACUACAUCUGCGCUGCCAUUGCCGCAGCUGUCAUCAUCUGGAGAGUGUGGACCGUCAUCGUCAGAUAUGUUCGUACCGUCGCCUGUCUCAACAACGACAACCAGCGGUACUUUGCCCAGUCGGACUCUAAGGUCUCCUGGAUGAAGAAGAACAUCCUCUACGCUCCGGUUAUGAGCAAACGACACAACCGCGAAAUUCAGCUCAGCGCUGCUAUCAACGUUGGCACCCUGCCCAGCCGACUCCAGCUGCUAUUUCUGACCGGUUACUUCGCCACGAACAUCGCUUUCUGUGUCAUCAACAUCCCCUUCGCCGGCUCUUUUGCCGCAGCCGCCUCGCAGCUUAGAAACCGUACUGGUACCUUGGCUGUUGUGAAUAUGAUUCCCUUGUUCCUGAUGGGUGGCCGAAAUAACCCUUUGAUUCCCAUGCUCGGCAUGUCCUUCGACACUUUCAACUUGCUGCAUCGUUGGUUCGGUCGUAUUGUCGUUCUGGAAGCUCUUGCUCACACCCUGGCUUGGAUGGCCAACACCGCCAACAAGAGCAGCUGGCAAACCGCCAUCACCUCAGCAACGACCGUUCCCUUCUUGCUCUUCGGCUUUGUUGCUACAUGCGCCUUCGUGGCCAUCUUGAUCCAGGCUUCUAGCCCGAUCAGACACGCUUUCUACGAGACGUUCAAGCUCCUUCACAUUUUGCUUGCCAUCACAGCUGUUGUUGGUACCUGGUACCAUUUGCAGAUGAAGGCUCUGCCCCAGCUCAAGUAUAUGUGGCCCGUAAUCAUCUUCUGGGCCGGUGACCGCGUCUGGCGUGCCUGGAGGGUAUUUUACGGCAACGUCGGGCACGGAGGCAGCAAGGCUCUUGUUGAAGCUCUUCCCGGCAACGCAUGCCGUGUUACGGUCACGAUGGCUCGACCCUGGACCUUUGGACCUGGCCAGCAUGCUUACAUGUACAUGCCAUCCCUCAGCUUGUUGCAGUCUCAUCCCUUUUCCGUCGCUUGGAGUGAGGAGGCUGAGGAUCCUAUGGCCGAGAAGGGUUCUCUUAACCGUCAAGACAUUCUUGCCAUGCGCAAGACUACCAUGUCCUUCAUCAUUCGCGCUCGCACCGGAAUGACCGACACACUGUAUCGCAAGGCCGCUGCUUGUCCCGAGGGCAAGAUGACUACGACAUGCAUGGUAGAGGGACCCUAUGGUGGACUGCACAGCAUGCGCUCUUAUGGUACCGUCAUGCUAUUUGCUGGUGGUGUUGGCAUUACUCAUCAAGUACCUCACGUCCGCGAUCUCGUCGCCGGCUAUGCGAACGGAACUGUCGCCGCGAGAAAGGUUAUUCUCAUCUGGACCAUCCAGAGCCCUGAGCAUCUUGAGUGGAUUCGACCUUGGAUGACGGAGAUCCUGGCGAUGGAGAAACGCAGAGAUGUUCUCCGUAUCAUGCUCUUCGUCAGUCGGCCAAGAUCGACCAAGGAGAUUCACAGCCCCUCGUCUACUGUCCAAAUGUUCCCUGGCCGCCCCAACAUCGAGACGCUCAUCAAGGCGGAGCAGGAGUCGCAGGUUGGCACUAUGGGCAUCAGUGUCUGCGGUCCUGGCGCUCUUAGCGAUGAGGUGCGCCGCGCCGUUCGCGAUCGGCAGCACGACUCGGCCAUUGACUUCAACGAGGAGGCUUUCUCGUGGUAAGAUGGACAGAACAUGGUCUCAUAAUUGCAGCAGGGACGCAAUGAAGCUUCAAGCGCGUUUGCGCAAGAAGAGGUCCACAUGAUGCGAAGCAACAUCGAUUAAGACAUGAGCAAAGGGUGAAUUA